AUGGCUCUUCCUCAAAACAGCUCGUAUUCCUCUCCCCUCGAUCACCCCAUCAGUCCUCCCUCCUCUCCCGAACUGAAGCCUCCUCCUCGCAACCCGCGCCGCCUCCAACAGCUUCGCUACCACACGGCCGUUGCGCCUGCCCGCUCUUCUUCCCGCUACAGCCUCGACGACAGCAGUGAUCCCGACGACGCCUCUCCCACCACUAUUCGACACGGUUCCGGCGCUCUCGCCAUGGCGCCCUCGCUGGCCAUCCAGCCCGUCUCCCCUCCCAGCUCUCCCGAAAUCGCUUCCUGGCGCGUAGCCCCCCAACCUGAGAUUGUCUCACCCGUCGACGACGAAUCGGACGCGUCGUUGGAGAAAAUUGUUCAAGUCAUCAAGGGCAAUCCGCGAGAUCUGACGCCUCCUGCCGAGACACCUCAUUACCGUCACAUUCCCGACACCCAGUGCGGCCUGCCUUCGGUGUCUCGCCAUGGCCCGGUCCGAGCCUCCGGCAUAGACCAAGCGCCGGCCUAUCACCAAGAACUAUCGCAUAGGAAGCCUGUCAAAGACGAAAACGCUUCAUGGCGUCCUCAGCUGCCGCCGCAAAGGCAGGCACCCAGCGCGCCAAUGCAGCGACCACCGCAGCAGACGAUCAUUCCUGAGCGAGACUCGUCCUUUGGCAUGCGCUCAAAGCAAGCUGGUAGACAGGCCAUGCCGCUCGAUACACGGCCGCCCUGGCACGGCGCCAGUGGCCGCGAACGACAAGUCAGCGCCUUGCAGGAUGACCUAAGUGUCCCGCCUUUAUCUCUUUCCAACAAUAUUGGUAAACGAAACACCCCGAAGGGCGGCUUCCGCUCCCGGCUGUCGCAUAUGGGUAGCCCAGGCAUGGAUGGAACCAGCGGCCCUGGCGCUACCAUGCGCAAAUUCAUCUCUGCGAAAACGCACAGAAAGGCUGGCAGUAUUUCCACGCAGUCUCCUCGUGCACAGUACGAUAUGGAUGCUAGCGAACCUCGCCCCGACGUGUAUCCUUCACCACCCCAUCAGGACCGGUACGAUAACGCCGCAGCCCGCGCCUCGCCGCAGUAUUCCCCAGGCCAGAGUAUCACAAUCAAACGCAAACCACCUCCGGGCGCACACAUCAGAAACACCGAUCAUGCACAUCCGCUAGCAUCCAGCCCUAUUAAUGACAAUGAUAUCCCCAACCCGCUUACACCCGAAAGCCCGACUCCUAUUCAGCAGGCGGGGGGCGACUCUUGGAUACAGCCCCCGUCAAGAUUUAGCACGACAACCUAUGCCACCACUACAGUUGGGAUGACGUCUGUUGAGAGCUCUCCGGCUACUGGUGUGGAAUCAAAUCUGCUGGGCUCUCCUUUUGGCGGACCGCUGCCUACGAAUGAACGCCUAAGGUCCGUCUUGGAUGCUCCCUCUGCCAAGCGAAGCGCUUUGGUGUCCCGGCCCGAGACAUCUGCCUCUGCCAAGAGCACCAAUAAGCCCAGCGACUCUCGAGCUGACGGCGCGAUCGUCACGCCCCGGCGGGCCUCAUUCUCGUCCAUAAGCAAACCGCUGCCGCCUGCCCCGCCCGAGGUUUCGGCAAGCGACAGAAUCGCUCAUCUUACUGCCCAGCUCGAUAGCUUGUCUAACCGGCGAAUGAACAUCAACAAAUGCGUCAAGCAGAUGACGGAACUCAUUCCCACGGACAAUCUCCUCGACAGCUACGAAGUGCAAAGGAAGCGAGGAAUGGAGCGAAAAAAGAUUGACGCCCUGAAAACCGAACUGGCGGAAGUUCAACGCGAGGAGCAUGAGCUCGGUCUUAUGCUCCAUCGGGCCUACAAGCGACAGAACAAAGAAGCUGUAUACGAACCGACGACGCUGUGGGUCAGACGAGUCGCUGGGUAG